GCCGGUAGUUGAGCAUCAUCAGGCCGUCGGCCUCUGUGACUACUCUUUUAUUUAACAUAUUGCGAGGAACAAUGGUUCUCUGAAAUGGCGCAGAAAGACACGCUGUUACAUCUCUUUGCAGGGGGAUGUGGUGGAACAGUAGGUGCCAUCAUGACAUGCCCCCUCGAGGUGUUAAAAACUAGGCUUCAGUCAUCUGGCCUCACUCUCAGGCCGGUUUUCCAGGUUCAGCUGGGCACACUCAAUGGUGCUGGUGUCAUUAGACCGGGAUCCGUCACUCCUGGUUUACUACAGGUGUUACGGUCAAUUCUAGAAAAAGAGGGACCAAGGUCUUUAUUCAGAGGGUUGGGUCCAAAUCUCGUUGGUGUUGCACCUUCAAGGGCAAUUUAUUUCGCAGCUUAUUCAAAGUCAAAAGAAACUUUCAAUGGCAUCUUUGUGCCUAACAGCGGAGUCGUCCACAUGUCCUCAGCAGGCUUUGCAGCUUUCAUCACAAACUCCCUGAUGAAUCCCAUCUGGAUGGUCAAAACAAGAAUGCAGCUAGAGAAGAAAGCACGUGGGGAGAAGAAAAUGAAUGCAUUGCAAUGCGCACGGUAUGUGUACAAGACGGAGGGAAUGAGAGGUUUCUACCGGGGCCUGACGGCAUCGUACGCUGGGAUCUCGGAGACCAUGAUCUGCUUCCUCAUCUACGAGACGCUGAAGAAAUACCUGGCGCAGAGUCGAUUCACCACGCCUGACACGGACAAUGAUAAAGGGGCCUCAGAUUUCCUGGGCCUCAUGUUUGCUGCUGCAUUUGCCAAGGGUUGCGCGUCCUGCAUAGCUUAUCCACAUGAGGUCAUUCGGACAAGACUCAGAGAAGAAGGCAGCAAAUACAAGUACUUCUUUCAGACGGCGCGUCUUGUGGCAGUAGAAGAGGGUUACGCUGCAUUUUACAGGGGACUCAUUCCACAGCUCAUCAGACAGAUCCCCAACACAGCUAUAGUGCUGUCCACAUACGAGCUGAUCGUCCAUCUGCUAGCCGAACCCUCCAAAUAAAGCACAAAGACACUAAAACCUGCAGCUCGAGUGGACGUGAAUGUUCAUUAAAAUCACCCAAAGACAUUCAGUAGCUUUUUUUUUUUUAAAGAAGAAGAAUGCCUGUUAUCAGAACUGUUUUGCUCGUUGUGUGUUAUGUAAAUGGCGCAUAUCGCAUAGCUGUUUAUGUAUGCUGUAUCAGUGUACAGAUAAAGGUCAUCUGAAUAUACAAAUAGUGCAUUUAAGUUAACUAAAUUAUUGUUAUUAUGAGUAGCAUUUUGUUUGCGGUCAUUUGCAAUUCUUUGGAUCUAUGAAGAUGAUAUGGUACUUGCUGAUGGAGUUUUGCGAGUUAAUCAUUAAUGGAUCCGGGUUUUAUUAUUAUUAUUAUUAUUAUUAUUUUCUUGGAAGGAAAGGAGAUGAUAUUGAAAUGGCUUUCUAGGCGCUCACGGUUAUGUUGCAAUAUUUUGUAAUACCUGUUUUGUGACACCUUGUAGCAUUUGGGAGUCUGACCAAUUAAUUCUAUUCACCUCUGCUAGAAACGUUUCAUCCGUUUACUGUAUAUUUGGCUGUACAGAAAAGAAGGGCUUCAAUGCGUAUGCUGCUGUUGGUUUAAUAUAAAUUAUCAUUUUUUUUCUUGUUGAAAAUGCAUAGUUUAAACAGAAAUGAGCCACUUCAAUAAAUGCAUCUUUUUCAA